AUGCAGUUCACAACCAUAUUCACCGUCUGCAUUGCUGCCCUGACCAGCACCAUCGCUGCAAGGCCCCAUCUCUUGCCCCAUAUGUCGUACCACGGUGCACGCAUUACUCUCACGGACCUUACCAAUGAAACUACCUCCCACAGUGCUACUCCGACGGGUACACAGGGCACAGCACCCCUGUCGACGGGAUCAGCUCAUAAUAAUCGGGUUCAUGUCAACUACUGUCAUGACCUGUGUUCUUUGCAGUCUCAGACUUGCUCAAUUGCUGUACCGGAUGAUGAGAAAUUUUGCUGGUCUGUUUACUUACAAUGCACAGAGAAGUGUCAUCCUGAGAAUUACUACAAAUGA